CAAGCCUCCGGCUGACAACUGAUCGAGACAUACAACGCACCCCGGAUCAUGCCACCGGCUUAUCCUACAGGAAAGUCCAAUUCCAAACCCGUGCAAUCUCUCCUUGCCAGACUUGGACUCACACCUUUGUUGUUUACGUUUAUUGAAUUCUUUUCUGUCCCCAUCCACCAACCUCCCGCUGGGGCGACGGCUAUGUGUGCGGUAAGCUCUGCUGCCAUGGCUGGAACGUAA